GCUCAAGAGAUGUGUAAAAGAUGCUGUGCUCUGGGGCCAAAAGAACCCGAAACAUCAUCUUAAGUGUGAGUGUGGUCAUCUGUGUCUUUAUAUUCUCCCGAGCUUCUGUACAAAGACUUCUCUUUGGAGCGUGUGCAUGUAGUCCGUGUGUGUCAGACAUCGCUCAUGACACCUGGUUCCAGCAGCGCUACGACCCCUACGCCCAACCCUUACUGACUAAGGACAACUGCAUACUCAGCAAUGCCCUUUAUUGGUGGUGGCAAAAGCUACAAUACAAGAGUAGAGUGAACUACGAAGCAGUAGCUGAGAUGUUAUUUGGCAUCUUCCCGAAUGAAGAAGAUUACUCUGAUGCUAGCCCAGGUCGCUGCAGAACAUGUGCUGUAGUGGGGAAUUCUGGGAACCUCAAUGGAUCCCACUACGGUGUGCUCAUUGAUGACCAUGAUCUUGUCAUUAGGAUAAAUAAGGGCCCAACCGAGGGCUUUGAGCGGGACGUGGGGACUAAGACCACUCACCGUAUCAUCUACCCUGAGAGCGCCGUGGACAUGGACAACUCCACUCACCUGGUGCUGAUCCCUUUCAAGACUGUGGAUCUGCAGUGGCUCAUCAGCGUCUUCACGACCAAACACAUCAGUCGCAAGCUUCAUCAGUUAUACCAUAAAGACAUCACUUUAUUUCAUCAGUGCCUACUCUCCUGCUUCAGCCUAACGUAUGUUCCAGUGAAACCCAGUAUAAAAGCAAACAGGGAUAAGGUGAUGAUCCUCCAUCCUGGCUUUCUGAAAUAUAUUCAAGAGCGCUGGCUGCAGAAACACGGCCGAUACCCAUCCACUGGUUUUAUUACACUCGUAUUUGCCUUGCACAUCUGUGACCAGGUAAAACUGAUAGAGUAUUUACUUGUAGAUUAUUAAAAGACUAGGGCCCAAUAUACAGUAGAGUUUGAUAAGCAUCAUGGGACUGAAUGCUGAUGUCCACUAUGGUUUCAGACACCACAAAUAGUUUACUAUAGAAGACUUUAGGGUGUGAUUUCAGAAUGGGCAGGGUAUAUUGAAGU